AUGGCGUCUCUGCGUCAGAAUCUAGUGCACAAGAUCAUUCUGCUUCGUACUGCUUCAACGCCUCGAACAUUUUUAUUGAGAGGCCAGUCAAGUGCUAUAAGCUUUUUAUUUGCUAGAAAAUUAGCAUCUAAAGCUCAGAUGACCGUGCACGAGGAGGAAAAAUCGGAAGAAGAGAUGAAACAGUCACAAACAGCACGUGCAAAAGUCAGCGAAUAUUUGGAAAAAAAUGGGGUCCGUGUUCAAAGGGUCCGCAGACAGAUCGAUUUAAGGAAACUGACUGUAGAAAAAAUAUCAAGGGUGUUUAAAAUUCUAGAUGAUAUAGGGAUUGACCACAAUCAGCGAAACAGAAUUAUCUCGAAUAGACCCACUAUUUUGACAACCAAGGAUGAUCUGCUGAGACAUCGUGUGAAGAUCAUGAGAAUUGUUGGAAUCUUUCCCGAAUCUAUUGCUUACGUCGUUAAGGAAUCGCCAGGAGUGCUAACGGCAAGGAUCAAGGAAUCUUUACCUGACAAGGUAGGGCUGACUAAGAGAUUAAUCAGAACCCAUAGCAAUUUCCUCAAAUGCAAUUGGUGCAUUAGCUGCAUUAUUUUUCACCAAUCAUUCUAUACAGUUGUUAUCGGAUUGUGUGAUCGGACAGUAGCAACAAUCACCACUUAUCCUUAAAAUAAAACUAUGAAAUUUCCAAAAUUUAGGAAUUUUUUUACUUUGGCUCUGUACUAGAGAGAUUAGUCCUAAAUGUAUUUGUUGUUUUCGGAAAUAGUUAUGGUUUUGUUUUUUUGAUAAUUGUUAUGAUUAAUUGGCAAUAGGACUUUGUGUCAUCCAAUUCUGUCUGUACUCAUACUCAUGAUUGACAAAUACUGAUCAACGGAUUGACUGACUGACAGACUGUCUGACAGACUGUCUGACAUAUUGUCUGGCUGACUGACAGACUGACCAGCUCUAUCACUGACUCUAUCUGACUCUGAAUUCCCAAUGACCCAUUUUUAGAAGAUGAUGCUUCAUUUAAACAUCAUUUCAUGGCUCUUUUGUUUUUGGUGUUACUUUUUUUCUUGCACAGAUCAAAUGUUUUGAAGAAUUGAAUGUAAAACCAAAGUUUACCAAAGAUGAAAUACUCCAUGUGUUGACAAAAUGUCCAACAAUCAUUGCUGCUUACACGGUGGAGUCAUUGCAAAAGAAGGUCCAGUUCUUGGAAGAAGAACUGAAAUUUAAUAAACAUCACAUCAAAAAUAUCAUUCUCAAACAGCCAUCUGUUUUGACAUUCAGCAAUGAUGCACUCAAAGAAAAGUGGAAUUAUUGUUUUGAGAAGAUCAAUGUAAGUCCAACAGGCAUAGCACGUUGUCCCAGGGUGUUUCAGUGCUCCCUUAAAAGAAUUAAAGAAAGGCACUUGUAUCUAAAGCAUCUGGGACUCAUAAAAGAUGAAACAAUAAUCGAUGAUUAUGGCCUUGGACUCAUUGUGACUCCUUCCGACAAAAGGUUUGCAGAAAAAGUUGCUAAAAUGUCAUUGGAUGAAUUUGAUGAGUUCAGGGAUGAACUUGACCUUUCAAGCAAGGAAUGAUGUUGGAGAAGAUGGCAGCUACUUUUUGAAAUUAUAUUGACUGCAAAAAACGAUAAUGAUCAUGUAAAUGACAAACCCCAAAUAUACAGUCAAACACUUUUUAACUCUUUUACCCUCAAGAGUGAGUAUCACCCUUGAAUCAAAUGUAAAGGUUGUAAGGAUAAAGGCAAUGAUCAUUAAUUUAGGAAGUUCCUGAUUGUCAAUCAAAUUCUCCUUGUCAGUGUUAGAGGAAUUAUGCAAAGAACAGUGUGGAGAAUAUGAACACAAUCUUAAGGAUGUAAAAGGGUUCAGGAAUAUUAUUAAAUAACAGAG